GAGAGGGACAUAAUGAUGGUGGUGAAACCGUGAAGAUAGAAAUAACCUCAACGAGCUGAAAGUGAAAGUAGAGAUUCCGUUCGUUCUGUCUGGAUAUUGAAACGGAAACUGCUGGGCUGCUACAGUUAAACUAACACCAUGGCUGUUCCUAAUGUUGGACGUGGUGAUGAUGGCAUUAGAGUAACCAAUGGUCUGCAACAUUUACAGGACUUAGCAAACCGAAUGAAAGCUAUAGAGUUUCCCUUCCAAGACAAGGAUAUUGAUAUUGUUGGAAAUGUGACUGAAGCAAUCAAACAAUUGGAUGAAGAGCGCUCUGGAGUUCACCUGAUCCUUGAGACAGAGACUAUCAACUCCAGUAUUCUACGACAUCAGUUGCAGUUUUUCCCAGCAAGCAUCCACAGUGAAAUCAGUUCAGCUGUAGAGUCAGCAAGGCAGUCCAAUGCGGAGGAACUUAAAGCAUUACAGGAUCAACUGAAAUCUCUCAAUGAAGAUAUUGGAUUCCUUGAUGAUAAGCAAAGAAAACUCAACAAGCAGAAUGCUAUAUUACAUCCUGAACGUGAUAUGGUUCGAACACAACAUGAAGAAGUCAUUUCUCAAUUAAAUCAACGUAUGGCAGACAAAGCAAGCAAGCAGAUAACCUUGAAUGAAACUAGAGAUGAACUACGAGAUACUAACCAGAAGAUCGUGGACCUAGAAACAGGAAUUAUGAUUCUGAAGGAGGAUAUGAUUCAAGAGAGAGCUGAUGCAAGAAGAGAAAAGAAACAUUUAAAGCAAUGUGUGCAUGAUACAACAAAGAAGACCAAAAGGCAAAAAGAAACAAACAUAGCCAAAAAGAAAGAGUUGGAUGUACUUCAAGAGGAGCUGGUCAUCAGCGAAAAUGAUCUGUCUGACAUCAGAAAGAUUAUUCGUAGACAUGAGGCCAACAAAGCAAGAUAUGAGAACCAGGAAAUAACCUUUCAAGAUCAACUAGAUCGAGAAAACAAGGAAAAUGCUGACUUAAAAGAAAAAGGGAUUGAGCUUGGGCAGCAUUUACUGCAGAUGGAGAAACAACACCUCUUGAAGAAAGCUCAAUUGGAGCAGACAUUAAUGGAGCUUGACAUUGAAAUAACCCAAACCAAUGAUGAUUAUGACAGACUGGAAGGACAGUGGGAUACACUUAAGGAAGAUAUUGCAGUAGCAACAGAGAAUCGUGAGAUGGAUAGCACAAAAGUGAAUGACCUUGAUACAGUACUGCAAAACAAGAAGGAAGAUCUAACCAAGAAAGCUAACGAAACGGCUCGCAUGAAACAAGAAAAUGAUGAGAUGGAACUUCGCAUGAAACAGCUUGAAGAAAACCAUCAAGUGACUGUUCAGUUACUGGGCAAACAGAUCACUGAUUUCAGGAGUAUCCUGACAAGGGAGCGGAAGGAGCGUUUUGAUCUUCAGGAGAAACGAGACAAGUUGACUCGGGAAAUCGAUGACUUCAAACUGGCAUUCAGCAAGUUUAUGUUUGAUAUGAAUCUGAGAAUAAAUAAAGCCAAACAGGAACAGACGGAUCUGUCAAAUGAAGGAGUUCAGCUACAGAAAGAGCUUCAGUCCGAUUCUGCUGCUACUCAGCAAUUACAGAGCGAGUUAAAACAAAUGAAAGAGAAGUUUACUAAAAUGAAGAACAAGUUGGAUGACUCCAUUAAGCAUUUACAGAAAACACAGGAAGGUCUUGAAAAAGAUCGAUCUGAAAAAACGCAUCAAAUUGAAGAAAGUACCCCUGGUUAUGAUGAACUGGAAAAGCUGUUUGACGAGAAGACAAAGGAGUAUGAAGCUAAGAAGAAGAGUGUUGUCCAAUUGAAGAACCAGAGGAGCAGUUUGGAAGAUGCAGCGGCCAGAGGUAAAAAGGAGAUAGUCAAACUCAGCAAUCCAUCGCCUCUUGGAAAGAAGAGUUCUACAACCUUGGCACCACAGGUGGUACUACGGCAGGAACUGAAACAGCAAAGAACAAGAGCACUGUCUAAGAUGAAGGAGCAAGCCAAGGAGCUAGAAAGGAUUGAAGAAGACAUCUACCAAGCAGGCAGGAAACUCAAUACAGUCAUUAUGGAAAAUCAGAAAUUCCAAGUAGGUAUCAGCAAACUGGAUGAAGAUUGUAAAUCUAUUGGACAUCAGAGUGACGUAAACCUCGUGUUGAAGGACUCUCUUCAAGAUAAACUUGUACUUCAAAGAGAUAAACUUGUUGCUGGAUGGCAAAGAGAGAAAAGUAUGCAGAAAGAUUCUUCAGAUCGUGAUCGUUUACUACUGGAUGAUAUUACUGAAUUACAGGAACGCACUGACAACAGAGAGCAAAAAAUAGCUGAAAUUACGGAGAAACUUCAUCAUGAGUUAGUGCUGCUUGCUCAGUUCCUCAGUAAUGUAGCACAGAGGAGACCACAAAAUACGAGACAUGGACAGAAGCCUCCCCCUACACCCAGACCACCUACAGUAUUGAAAGACUAUCUGGAAUCCUACACCAAACCAGGUCACCCAUUGCAUUGAAGUACUAUCAUAAACCCAUCUAGAUGACCCACUGAUUUUGAGGACUAUCUGGAAUCAUACAGCAAACCAGGUCACCCAUUGCAUUGAAGAACUAUCAUAAACCCAUCUAGAUGACCCACUGACAUUGAGGACUAUCUGGAAUCCUACACCAAACCAGGUCACCCAUUGCAUUGAAGUACUAUCCUAAACCCAUCUAGAUGACCCACUGACAUUGAGGACUAUCUGGAAUCCUACACCAAACCAGGUCACCCAUUGCAUUGAAGUACUAUCAUAAACCCAUCUAGAUGACCCACUGACAUUGAGGACUAUCUGGAAUCCUACACCAAACCAGGUCACCCAUUGCAUUGAAGUAGUAUCCUAAACCCAUCUAGAUGACCCACUGACAUUGAGGACUAUCUGGAAUCCUACACCUAACCAGGUCACCGAUUGCAUUGAAGUACUAUCCCAAACCCAUCUAGAUGACCCACUGACAUUGAGGACUAUCUGGAAUCCUACACCAAACCAGGUCACCCAUUGCAUUGAAGUACUAUCCUAAACCCAUCUAGAUGACCCACGGACUUUGAGGACUAUCUGGAAUCCUACAGCAAACCAGGUCACCCAUUGCCUUGAAGUACUAUCCCAAACCCAUCUAGAUGACCCACUGACAUUGAGGACUAUCUGGAAUCCUACACCAAACCAGGUCACCCAUUGCAUUGAAGUACUAUCAUAAACCCAUCUAGAUGACCCACUGACAUUGAGGACUAUCUGGAAUCCUACACCAAACCAGGUCACCCAUUGCAUUGAAGUAGUAUCCUAAACCCAUCUAGAUGACCCACUGACAUUGAGGACUAUCUGGAAUCCUACACCUAACCAGGUCACCGAUUGCAUUGAAGUACUAUCCCAAACCCAUCUAGAUGACCCACUGACAUUGAGGACUAUCUGGAAUCCUACACCAAACCAGGUCACCCAUUGCAUUGAAGUACUAUCCUAAACCCAUCUAGAUGACCCACGGACUUUGAGGACUAUCUGGAAUCCUACAGCAAACCAGGUCACCCAUUGCCUUGAAGUACUAUCCCAAACCCAUCCAGACAACCCACUGGCUUUGAGGACUAUCUGGAAUCCUACACCUAACCAGGCCAACCAUUGUAUUGAAGUACUAUCCCAAACCCAUCUAGAUGACCCACUGGCUCUUGAGGACUAUCUGGAAUCCUACAGUAAACCAGGUCACCGAUUGCAUUGAAGUACUAUCCCAAACCCAUCUAGAUGACCCACUGGCUUUGAGGACUAUCUGGAGUCCUACAGCAAACCAGGUCACCGAUUGCAUAGAAGUACUAUCCUAAACCCAUCUAGAUGACCCACUGGCAUUGAGGACUAUCUGGAAUCCUGCACUGAACCAGGUCACCCAUUGCAUUGAAGUACUAUCCUAAACCCAUC